GUUAGUAAAAGUUGGGAUAACAGAGAGAGAGAGAAAGAGACAGAGAAACAGAGAGAGAGAGCGCGUUCAUUUGAUUUUAUAGCAUAAACUACAGCAGAGAGAGAGAGAAAGAGAGUGAUGAAGACAGAUAGCUAGUGCACUGACUGAAUUUGUAGUUGACCAGGUCGAGUGGAGAUAGAGGCAGAGGCGGCGGCACGACUUUCCCUGAAGUUGAAGCCUGUAUUUCGGUCAACUGUCUGAGGACGCGGCCGGAGUCGUCUCAGUAUUUUGGAUUUCGUUCAACGACGGCGAAACAGACGCGGGAUUUGGUGUCUGUCUAAACAAGAAACGAAAAGAAAAGAAGAAGCUCGCGACUGAAAUUGACAGAAGAAGUUGAAGUUGGUCAUCGCGGCAGUGUGUAAAUGUUGUGACAUUUUUCGGAGAGCAUUCGUUGCUCCAGCGGUCGACAGGUCGAGUGGCGGGGUUCCAAACCCCGAGCUGUCAAACUCCGAUGACGACGGCAAACUGCCCCGGGAAUGAAGAGCUAGACUUCAGACUGAUCUUCGGGGAGGACGGGCAACAGCAGCCGUUAGGCCCCGCAGAUCUGGAGCCUGAUGACAACACAUCAUUCUACAUCCUAAAUGUGGGCCAGCCACAGGCUAUUGUCACUAACCACCAGUCGAUUGGCCUGCCCCGUCAUGGCAUGCAGUCUCACUCCCACAUCAUCAACACUUCCCCACGCCUUCAGUCACACAAACCAGGAUGUGAUCCUCCAGGUUAUGGGGCACAAGACUCCAAGUAUGGCUCUUCACCCCUGCUGCCCUCUGCACCUGUGGAGGCACCAAAGGCCUUUGAGUGCCCCAGUAUUCAAAUCACCUCCAUCUCCCCGAGCUGCCAGCAGGAGAUCGAUCCCAGUGAGGAGGAUCUGCAGGCCAAUGGCCCAGAUGGGGACUAUCAUGGUGACAGGCCCCUCUCCAGAGACCACCUGUAUUUGCGGCUGGACCACUCAUACCGGGAGUCUUCGCUUAGCCCAAGCCCAUGCAGCAGUCUCUCUUCUAGGAGCUGGUUCUCUGAUGCCUCAUCCUGUGAAUCAUUUUCACACGUCUAUGAUGAUGUUGACUCAGAGCUGAAUGAAGCAGCAGCCAGGUUUACCCUGGGCUCCCCACUCGCUUCCCCAAGCUGUGCCUCUCCACAAACUGGUGGUGGAGUUCUGGAGGAGCAGCCCCACUGGCAGCACCACCACCAAGCGUUUGGGCAACACUCCCACUCAGUCAGCUUUUCACCUCGACAGUCCCCCUGCCACUCCCCACGUACGAGUGUGACUGAUGAAAAUUGGCUUAGCCCACGGCCACCUUCCAGGCCCUCUUCACGUCCCACCUCACCCUGUGGGAAGAGGCGUCACUCUAGCGCCGAUAUUUGUUAUCCUGGCUCAUUGUCUCCACACCACUCACCCUCCCCAACACCAGGACCUUCACCUAGGGGCAGUGUAACGGAGGACACUUGGGCUGGUAGUCCUUCAGUGGGCAUGUCGCCCUUCCAGUGUUUCCCAUCUGAGGCAGACAUCCCGUCUAAGACAAGGAAAACUUCACAGGACAGAACAACUGUGCAAUCUGGGAAAGGGGAGCUAGGGCUAGAUGACCAAGGAAAUAUGUCUCCUAAUCUAGACUCUCCCACAGAUGAGGCCCUGCACAGCCUGAAGAAAGACGGCCUUGGGGAACAGUUUCUCUCAGUGCCCUCCCACUUUUCAUGGAAUAAACCCAAGCCCGGUCAUACACCUAUAUUCAGGACCUCCUCCCUGCCGCCACUAGAUUGGCCAUUGCCAAACCAGUUUGGCCAGUAUGAAUUGAAGAUAGAGGUACAACCCAAAGCCCAUCACCGAGCACACUAUGAGACCGAGGGCAGCCGAGGAGCCAUCAAAGCAGCGUCUGGUGGCCACCCAGUUGUCAAGGCCUUUCACUUUUUCGAGAGGCAACAGAAAGACACCGUCAGAGGUUUCGAGAGCCCCAUCUUCAUAAAAGAGGUAAAGACAAGACUCAAGGUCCAGGUCAAUCGCUUGGGUGAAUUGAAGGAGGUAAUUAGCGUUCCCAUGGAAGACGGAACUAUGGAUCAGCCCAUGUUGUGUCCAGAUGUCAGGGCCAGUGCUCAGGCUGUUAGCGCACUGGUCCAUGAGACUUGA